AUGGCCCCUCGUCAGUCCGUCGAUUCCUCUUCGUCUUCGUACACCAUGACGCUGGUCGACGACGGUAUCAUCUCCAACUACCUUGUUCGCUGGAAGGCCGCUCAUGACACGCGUGACAAGGCUGCACAACGGCGUAUUGUCACUGAUGCGACAAAGUCUAUUGUAUCUGACAUGAACAAGGAACUUUCCGCUGAUGACAUGCAAGGAAUUGAAAAUAUUGUGUUGGCCACUCUGAGGGCCUGGGCCACUAAGAAGGACAACGGUAACAACCCGUGGAACGCAUACAAAGUCAUUGACCAUGAGUACCACGACGAAAUCGUAGCUGAGAUCAACGAGCACUGGAUCAGCAGCAAUCCAGACGGUAGUUCUCCGAGUGCUGGGACUGAUCAUUGGCUAGGGCUUUGGGGACAAGCUCGUGGCAUUGUAGCGCAGCGCCUGAAGGAGGCGGGUGAAUGGGACACCCUAGUUGUUACUGCUGCCCGGUGGAACGCUCUGGGCGCUCCAUCACUACUACAGUCAAAGCGAGUACCCGCUUUGUCUCUUGAGAAUUUUGAUACAAAGUGGGCCCCUGAGCUUACCGGCACAAUGAACUUUUGGUUGCGUUACUUUGGUCUUACGUUCUCAGGAGUGUUCGCUCAUAAGGAUAAGCAUGGCAUUGUUACCUGCGGAUUGACUGACUCAUUUGUCACCGGGGCGCCCACGUUCGCCGACUAUCUAGGAGAAAAGAAGGUACAAAGUCUGUUGAAGGACUUUUCUGAUUUUGUGGAGCAGGGGAAACGGAGCAGUGACGCAGACGAGGAAGAUGGCGGCGGGUCAUCGAGAAAGGGAAGUAGGCGUAAGCAGAAGCCGACGGUGAAACUCGCGCCUAAUGGCUACCCUAUCAUACCCGACUGGGAAGGGACGAAUGCCAAGACCGCCCACACCUAUGUCCGGGAGGUCAUGAAAGCCGCCCUCCAGUACGAUUUGCCAAUCAAAAAACAAAAGUCUACUGUCCCUUGGGGGGAGCUAUCGACUACGCCAGAUACUUUCAUCUCAUCAGAGUAUCUACCAGGGCCAGGAUGGGGCUCCUUCUUAGAGGCAUCUCACAUGUCUCAGGACUCCUGCUGGGAGCUCCUCAAGCUUUGGCGCUGCCGGCAAGUUGUCCUCGGGGUUGACGCUGCUUUUCGCUUUAGGCGUAGUGUCAUAGAAGAUAAGGGCGGCCAACCUGCUCGUCGGAAGUCUCUCCUCCUUCCUGCUCGUCGCCUCCCUGCUGGCUAUGACAUCAACAAAGUAGCUCAACAGUCUAGCAACAAACAGAAGCAGACUGCAGUGCCCCAGGCUGCUAGUUCUGCUGCUGCAAGACCUGGACACCCUUCUCCUUCAGUGCCAGCCCUGCCAACAACUAGUCGCAGCCCAGUUACUGCGGUGGCGCCUAUUGCCUCUAACAAGAGCCAAACAGACGCAAUGGUGACUCUUGGUAACACUACUAGGACCGCUGCAAGCCAGACCUCACCACCCCCUCGGCCAUUGUUAAAAUGGCGGCCAAAGGUGGCCAAACAGAAUUUGGUUCUUUCCGACGGCGAUGUUGAGACAUCUACACAUGAUGUGGAAUUCCAGCAUUUUCACAUACACUGCAUGGGAGAUCUUUGCUCUGACUAUGAGAGCGCAGUCAUUCAGGACGCAAUUGACCAGUCUGAUGAGCGACAUUCCAAUGUUACAUCAUCCACUACUAAUCUGGUAAAUUUUGUAAUGUCCUGGGGGAAGCGGCGCAGGACCUCAGUGUCGUCCAGGCGUUAUUCAGGCGCUGAGAGUAGCAACGAUGAGGACCAGGCGCGCACACCACUGCAGCGCCGUCACCGCACUUCAAGUCCGCCUCCAGCAAUUAGUCACUAUGAUUGUUCAGAUAUCGACUCAGUUGAAGCAGAUGAGGAGAUGGACGAUGGCACGCGAGAUUGA